AAUACUUGGCCACCGUCUUUCCUGGCCAUCCUUUCAAAAAAAAAAAAACACAAGCAUAAAGCAGUGGACACCCCUCCAUCAGCCUGCUUUGCCUCGGCCGGCUGGCAGAUCAUCCCAGAGUAGUCGACUGGAAUAACGAACUGGCGCAGGAGGCGAAUGGCGACCAUGAAGCUGGGUUCCAAGCCGGAGAUUUUCGUCCUCGAAGACCUCACAUGGAGAAGCACGACCGAGCUUGAGAGUGAUGUUGUUGUCGAAGUAGGAGAGAUGUCCUUUUAUCUCCACAAGUUCCCGCUGCUCAGCCGGAGCGGCGUGCUGCAGCGGAUGAUCAGCGAGUACCAGCCUCCGGCGGGCGGCGGCGGCGGCGGCAUGUGCACGCUGCAGCUGGACGACAUCCCCGGCGGCGCCAAGGCCUUCGAGCUGGCGGCCAAGUUCUGCUACGACGUCAAGAUCGAGCUCAACGCGCUCAACGUGGUGUGCCUCCGCUGCGCCGCCGAGUACCUGCGCAUGACGGACGACUACGCCGAGGGCAACCUCAUCACGCAGGCCGAGUCCUUCCUCGCCGACGUGCUCGCCAACUGGAAGGACUCCAUCAAGGCGCUGGAGACCUGCGAGGGCGUCCUCCCCACCGCCGAGGACCUGCACCUCGUCUCGCGCUGCAUCACGGCGCUCGCCUCCAGGGCCUGCAACUCCGACGCCGCCGCGCCGCUGGUCAGGAACGCCGGCGUCGUCGUCGACAAGGACGCGCUCUGGAACGGCAUCCGGUCGGGCGACACGGCGUCCGCCGCGGCGGCGGCGGCGUCCGGGAUGGACUGGUGGUACGAGGACGUGUCCUUCCUCAGCCUGCCCAUGUUCAAGCGCCUCAUCCAGGCGAUGGAGGCCAAGGGCAUGCGCGCCGAGAGCAUCGCGGGGGCCAUCAUGUUCUACGCCGGCCGGUUCCUCCCGGGUCUGAAGCGCGACACCAGCUUCAGCAACGCGCUGGCCAGCUACGGCGCCGACGGCGCCGGCGGCGGCGGCGCCGGGGGAAUGAGCAGCCGCAACAUCACCCCUCGCGCCGCCAGCGUGUCCGCGCCGUCGGAGGGCGACCAGAGGUACUUCCUGGAGGAGAUCGUGGCGCUGCUGCCGACCAAGAAGGGCGUGGCGUCCACCAAGUUCCUGCUGGGGAUGCUGCGCAAGGCGAUGCUCCUCCACGCCAGCCCGCUGUGCCGGGAGAACCUGGAGCGCCGGAUCGGCGCGCAGCUCGAGGACGCGUCGCUGGACGACCUGCUCGUGCCCAACCUCGGCUACCACGUCGAGACGCUCUAUGACAUCGACUGUGUGCAGCGGAUCCUGGACUACUUCAUGUCGUCCACGGACGGGAUCGGGACGGGGUACACGUCGCCGGCGCUGGCAGAGGAUGGUGGCGGCAGCCUCGGGAUACCCCAAGGCGGGACGCCGUCGUCGUCGCUGUCGCCGAUCACCAUGGUCGCCAAGCUCAUGGACGGGUUCCUCGCGGAGGUGGCGCCGGACACCAACCUGAAGCUGCCCAAGUUCCAGGCUCUCGCGGCCGUGGUGCCCGACUACGCGCGCCCCGUCGACGACGGCAUCUACCGCGCCACCGACAUAUACCUCAAGUCGCACCCGUGGCUGUCAGAAUCGGAGAGGGAGCAGCUGUGCCGGCUGCUCAACUGCCAGAAGCUGUCGCUGGAGGCGUGCACGCACGCGGCGCAGAACGAGCGGCUGCCGCUUCGGGUGGUGGUGCAGGUGCUCUUCUUCGAGCAGCUCCGCCUGCGCACGUCCAUCGCCGGGUGGUUCUUCGUGUCCGACAACGCGGCGGGGGGCGACGGCGCGCGCCCACACUCGGGCGGCGGCAUCGUCCCCAAGGGCGCCGCGGCCAUCGCAGGCAGCGCGCAAGCAGAGGCCGACGAUAGUGACGUAGAGGGCGACGCACCCGAGGGGAAGGAGACCAUGACCGACGUGAAAGCGCGGGUGUCGGAGCUGGAGAAGGAGUGCAAGAGCAUGAAGCAGGAGAUCCGCCGGCUCGGGAAGCCCCGGAGGUCCUGGAGCCUCCUCCCGAAGAAGUGCGGUUUUGGGGCCAAGGUGCAACAAGCUCAGACCGCCAUGAGUGGCAAAUAGAUCAUUUCCCUACUUCAUUUGUUUAUAUUAUAUAAGCAGGAGCCUCGAUUUCAUUCCCUAAGUCCUAUUAUCUGAUUGUUAUAGUAACUGUUUCUGAUCUAGCUAGCCCUAGUGUUAUGCAAUAAUUACGUGCAGAUGAUUUGCACGGGAUGAUAAUAAACUUAGCUUCAGCACA